AGUGAUGGAGGAGAGAAGAUGGCGGAAGCGGAAUUUAAAGACCACAGUACAACAAUGGAUAAUGAACCAAACCCUGGAGCAUCUUCUGUGUCGACAACAACCAGUAGCACAACAACCACCACCAUCACCACUUCCUCUUCUCGAAUGCAGCAACCACAGAUUUCUGUCUACAGCGGUUCAGACCGACAUGCUGUACAGGUAAUUCAACAGGCAUUGCAUCGCCCCCCCAGCUCAGCUGCUCAGUAUCUUCAGCAAAUGUAUGCAGCUCAACAGCAGCACUUGAUGCUACACACUGCAGCUCUUCAGCAGCAGCAUUUAAGCAGUUCCCAGCUCCAGAGCCUUGCUGCUGUUCAGGCAAGUUUAUCCAGUGGAAGACCAUCUACGUCCCCCACAGGAAGUGUCACACAACAGUCAAGUAUGUCCCAGACAUCUAUCAACCUCUCCACUUCUCCUACACCUGCACAGUUAAUAAGCCGUUCCCAGGCUUCCAGUUCUACCAGCGGCAGUAUUACCCAACAGACUAUGUUAUUAGGGAGUACCUCCCCUACUCUAACGGCGAGCCAAGCUCAAAUGUAUCUUCGAGCUCAAAUGCUGAUUUUCACACCCGCUACCACUGUGGCUGCUGUACAGUCUGACAUUCCUGUUGUCUCGUCGUCAUCGUCAUCUUCCUGUCAGUCUGCAGCUACUCAGGUUCAGAAUUUAACAUUACGCAGCCAGAAGUUGGGUGUGUUAUCUAGCUCACAGAAUGGUCCACCAAAAAGCACUAGUCAAACUCAGUCAUUGACAAUUUGCCAUAACAAAACAACAGUGACCAGUUCUAAAAUCAGCCAACGAGAUCCUUCUCCAGAAAGUAAUAAGAAAGGAGAAAGUCCAAGUCUGGAAUCACGAAGCACAGCUGUCACCAGGACAUCAAGUAUUCACCAGUUAAUAGCACCAGCUUCAUAUUCUCCAAUUCAGCCUCAUUCUCUAAUAAAACAUCAACAGAUUCCUCUUCAUUCACCACCUCCCAAGGUUUCCCAUCAUCAGCUGAUAUUACAACAACAGCAGCAGAUUCAACCAAUCACACUUCAGAAUCCAACUCAAGAUCCACCCCCAUCCCAGCACUGUAUACCACUCCCAAACCAUGGCCUUCCUCCAGCUCCCAGUAAUGCCCAGUCACAGCAUUGUUCACCAAUUCAAAGCCAUCCCCCUCCUCUAACCGCGUCUCCCAACCAGUCACAGUCAGCACAGCAGUCUGUGGUAGUGUCUCCUCCACCACCUCAUUCACCAAGUCAGUCUCCUACUAUAAUUAUUCAUCCACAAGCACUUAUUCAACCACACCCUCUUGUGUCAUCAGCUCUUCAGCCAGGGACAAAUUUGCAGCAGUCUACUGCUAAUCAGGUACAACCCACAGCACAGUUGAAUCUUCCAUCCCAUCUUCCACUCCCAGCUUCUCCAGUUGUACACAUUGGCCCAGUUCAGCAAUCUGCCUUGGUGUCCCCAGGUCAGCAGAUUGUGUCUCCAGCAUCACACCAGCAAUAUUCAACCCUACAAUCCUCUCCAAUCCCAAUUGCAACCCCUCCACAGAUGUCAGCAUCUCCUCCAGCUCAGAUUCCACCACUGCCCUUGCAGUCUAUGCAGUCUUUACAAGUGCAGCCUGAAAUUCUAUCCCAGGGCCAGGUUUUGGUGCAGAAUGCUUUGGUGUCAGAAGAGGAGCUUCCAGCUGCAGAAGCUUUGGUCCAGUUGCCAUUUCAGACUCUUCCUCCUCCACAGACUGUUGCGGUAAACCUACAAGUACAACCACCAGCACCUGUUGAUCCACCAGUGGUUUAUCAAGUAGAAGAUGUGUGUGAAGAAGAAAUGCCAGAAGAGUCAGAUGAAUGUGUCCGGAUGGAUAGAACCCCACCACCACCCACGUUGUCUCCAGCAGCUAUAACUGUGGGAAGAGGAGAAGAUCUGACUUCUGAACAUCCUUUGUUAGAGGAAGUGGAAUUACCUGCAGUGGCAUCAGUCAGUGCUUCAGUAAUUAAAUCACCAUCAGAUCCUUCACACGUUUCUAUUCCUCCACCUCCACUCUUACUUCCAGCUGCUACCACAAGGAGUAAUAGUACAUCUAUGCCCAGUAGCAUUCCAAACACAGAAAAUAAGCCUCCACAGGCUAUUGUUAAACCACAGAUCUUGACUCAUGUUAUUGAAGGCUUUGUGAUUCAAGAAGGAUUAGAGCCAUUUCCUGUGAGCCGUUCAUCUUUGCUAAUAGAACAACCUGUGAAAAAAAGGCCUCUUUUGGAUAAUCAGGUGAUAAAUUCUGUUUGUGUUCAGCCAGAGAUACAGAAUAAUACAAAGCAUGCAGACAAUUCUUCAGACACAGAGAUGGAAGACAUGAUUGCUGAAGACACAUUAGAAGAAAUGGACAGUGAGUUGCUCAAGUGUGAAUUCUGUGGGAAAAUGGGAUAUGCUAAUGAAUUUUUACGGUCAAAACGAUUCUGCACUAUGUCAUGUGCCAAAAGGUACAAUGUUAGCUGUUCUAAAAAAUUUGCACUUAGUCGUUGGAAUCGUAAACCUGAUAAUCAAAGCCUUGGGCAUCGUGGUCGUCGUCCAAGUGGCCCUGAUGGGGCAGCAAGAGAACAUAUCCUUAGGCAGCUUCCAAUUACUUAUCCAUCUGCAGAAGAAGACUUGGCUUCUCAUGAAGAUUCUGUACCAUCUGCUAUGACAACUCGUUUGCGCAGGCAGAGUGAGCGGGAGAGAGAACGUGAGCUUCGAGAAGUAAGAAUUAGGAAAAUGCCCGAGAACAGUGACUUGUUACCAGUUACACAGACAGAGCCCUCUAUAUGGACAGUUGAUGAUGUCUGGGCCUUCAUCCAUUCUUUACCUGGUUGUCAGGAUAUUGCAGACGAGUUCAGGGCACAAGAGAUUGAUGGACAGGCCCUUCUCUUGUUAAAAGAAGACCAUCUCAUGAGUGCAAUGAAUAUCAAGCUAGGCCCAGCCCUGAAGAUCUGUGCACGCAUCAACUCUCUGAAGGAAUCUUAACAAGAACAAUAAGGCUUUGAUAUAACACCAGUUUUACUCUUUUUAAACAGACUUGUAAGGUAAAGGCCUAAGUUGGCCUAGAAUAUUACACUUAUGAUAGAUGGCCAAGCACACUGGGAACUCCACAUCAAGUGUUGACAUUUCUUCUACAAUAUAAUUAUUCAUCAUACAUUUUCAUGAUUAGUCAACAUUGGUAAAAUUGAUUUUACAGGUUACAUGCAACAUUGAAAAAGCUGCUAUAAAGGGCCAUGGUAUUUUUCAAAGAAACAUGUUAUGCUAGAUAAUUUUUAAAAGUGAUGUUUAUCAUUAAUAUAAAGAAUUCUUUUGAAAGUAACUUGAUGAUUUACACUUCUCUUUUGAUUCACUUUUCUCAUACAUUUUUGUACUCUAUUCAUUCUCUAAAGGUUGUCAUAAAGAUAUGGAAUAAUUUAAGAGUCCAAUGAUGGGAUCAUAUGCAUUGAAAUAUCAGUUUGCAUUCUUAAAAAUGUCUUUAACAAAUGCUCUAAGAAAGGAUUGUGUUCUAGCAUAAAUGAUACUGAUCUGGAGGUCAAAAGAGUUGAUUUCUAUUUCAGAUAAUUUGGCUUGCCUGACAAGUUUUCCUCUCAGAGUUUGUACAUUUAGAGCUGUGCCUCUUGAUAGAGAUUGGUUUGCUCUCCAGAGAACAUUUGCCAACAUCUAAAAACAUUUUGAUUGUCAUAGAUCAGAACUGAGUUUGGGUGAGGUUGCUACUGAUGUCUAGUAGGAGGCCAGAGAUGUUACAAAAUUUCUUACAAUGUAUAGAACAGCCCACCACAACAAAGAAUUAUCUAGUAAAAAAUGCCACCAGUGCCAAGGUUGAGCAGCGCUGAUGAGGAAGGAAUAAAAAAUUUUAAUUCUUUCACUCAAAGGAACAUUUUAAACAGAUGGUUCAUAAUGAGGAAACAUGUAAUGGAAGUAUUAUUCAUAUAGCAUUAAUGUUCUGAAGUAUUUUUCCAGUUUAUUAAGCAUAAUAGAAAAAGGAGAUAAAUCCAUAAAAUUGGUCUAUCAAAUAAAGACUAGCUUACAAUUUGGCACUCAGUACUGAUUCAUAUUAGUUAUCUUUCUUAUCUCUGUGCUGCGCACUGAUGAAGGCAUAAUAUAAUUACACUUAAGAACCAGGGCACCAUUUUCUGGCAAGGAAGUUUUGGGUGGAUAUGUGAUUGCACUUUGGAUUUCUUCUAGUAUUGAACAUGCACAUUCCUUUUUCCUUUACUAAAUCUUUGCAUGCUUCCUGCAGAAUACUUACCAAGUGAUUUCUCUUGGAUGAUCAGAUCUAACUUAAAAAAACUAUGAAGCAAAACUUUUUCACUAACUUUUCAGUUAGUUUUCCAUAGAAUUAGGACACUAAAAAUAUUGUGGAGUCCUGACAGCUUUAUAGUCUUGGGUGUCAAAUGUUUUAUUUGAGAAGACUGUGAAAGUUUCUGUCAUUUCCUAUAUCUUAUCUUUUACAUGUGAUUGAAGGAAAAUACAUUGAUAUUUGGCCACGAAGUUCAUUAAAUGAAAACAGAGAGUCCGUGAGUUUCAGUCAUUUCACUGCUGUUUUCAAAAAGAUUGCGUUGAGCUAGUAAAAAACUAAAGAUGUCACAAGACAUCACAGAUAUUUAUCUUUUGGCUUUGUGUACAUUAGAAAAUGUUGAUUAUUUUUAUACAAAAAUAUAGCGGGUAAUUUUUUUAA